AUGGUGUACACGAGCGAGAAGAAGAAAGGUGGAGGAGGUUUCAAGAGAGGCGGCAAAAAGGGUUCCGAUGCAAGGGAUCCAUUCUUCGAGGAAGAGACGAAGAAACGGAGGAAAGUCAGUUACGAUGACGAAGACAUCGAGUCUGUGGAUUCCGACGCGGAAGAUGACGGAAUCAACGGCGGAUACGGAGGUGGGAGAGGAGCUGAGGUAGCGGAGGAGGAGGAUGAGUUUGCCGAUGAGACGGCGGGAGAGAAGCGGAAGAGAUUAGCGCAUGAGUUUCUGAAGAAAGUAACGGAAGCUAAGCGGAAAAGGCGUGAGGAAGGAGAUGACGAUAGCGAAGAUGAUGAUGAAGAUGAUGAUAACACCGGUCUCGCGAAGACUCUGAUGAAGAAGCAGCAAGAGGAGAGUGGUAGGGUUCGAAGAGUCAUUGCUUCAAGGGUUCAGGAGCCACUGAGUAGUGAUGAGUUUCGUGUCAUCGUCAAGCACCGACGACCUGUUGUGGCGGUUGCUCUAUCGGACGACGACUCUAGAGGCUUCUCAGCUUCAAAAGACGGUACUAUCCUCCACUGGGAUGUCUCUUCCGGUAAAACUGACAUAUACAAAUGGCCAAGUGAUGAGAUUCUCAAGUCUCAUGGGAUGAAAGUGAGAGAGCCUAGGAAUAAGAAACACAGCAGAGAGACUCUUGCUUUAGCUGUUAGCUCUGAUGGUCGCUUUUUGGCUACUGGAGGUGUUGAUCGCCAUGUUCAUAUAUGGGACGUUCGUACCCGAGAGCAUGUCCAGGCCUUUCCAGGUCACCGGAGCACUGUUUCUUGUCUAUGUUUCAGACACGGAACUUCGGAGCUCUAUUCUGGCUCAUUUGACCGAGCUAUCAAGGUGUGGAACGUAGAAGAUAACUCGUUUAUGCAAGACAAUUUUGGACACCAGGCUGAGAUUCUAGCCAUUGAUGUGUUACGGAAGGAGCGUGUUCUUUCGGUUGCAAGAGAUAGAACCAUGCUAUUAACUAAGGUGCCUGAGACAAGUCGUAGCAUCUAUCGUGCUCCUGCGUCGUCUCUGGAGAGCUGCUGUUUCAUCAGUGAUGAUGAGUACCUGUCUGGUUCGGAUAAUGGAACUAUUGCUCUCUGGGGCAUGAUGAAGAAGAAACCUGUGUUUCUCUUCAAGGAUGCACAUCCUGUUGUAGCUGAUGGAAUCUCAGAGAACGGUGAUGGUGAACCUGUGAGCUAUAACUCUUCUUCUACAGUAAGUUCGUGGGCCACUUCGGUUGCUGUUUGUAGAGGUAGUGAUCUUGCUGCAUCUGGAGCUGGUAAUGGUUUCGUGCGUCUGUUGUCUGUUGAAACCGGAGCAAAUGCGAUUAAACCUUUGUACGAGCUUCCACUGACUGGAUUUGUCAACUCUUUGGCUAUUGCAAAAUCGGGUAAAUUUCUGAUCGCCGGUGUUGGACAGGAAACACGAUUUGGAAGAUGGGGCUGCUUAAAGUCUGCGCAAAAUGGUGUAGCAAUACAUCCCUUAAGGCUGUCAUAA